AUGGAGAACACAGUCGAAAACAGUACACAACAAGGCCCCUGGAUAUUAGCAUGUGGGUAUUGUAUGUGGACGACCUUAGACAUCGGCAUCAAAUUCAACAAACCAACCAACAUUAGAUCCCAACUUUCCAGGAUAUACGAAGAGAAAGGAUACGGAGGCUCUGGGAUGAGUAAUGACUUGAGAUUGUCAUCGCUUUCUAUUGAAGGCGUUGGAUUUGAUGACGAUGAUGAUGAACUACAAAGCCCGGCGACGGCAGAUGAUGAAGAGAAAGAAGACCUAGUCUCACAAGAGCAUAAACGUAGUCAUCAUCGUCAAGUCGAACUUGGCGCUAGCGCGCGAUUUGCAGCUUUGAAGCGUUUCUAUACCAAACAAAUUGAGGAUACCUCCGUGUCAGCCACGGAUCCACUGGCGUCAGAUUUCGGGGCUGCAUUCUCUUCGCCUAGCACACUGAGCCGUAUCAUGUCGAUAUACACGUCGUCAUCUCAUCUAUAUGGAAGCGGGGCGAAAAAAGCAAAGUCAAAACCUCCCGUGAUGCGAGAAGCCCUCACCUCGGCUGAGGGACUCAAAAUAGCCUCCGAUGCAAAAGAACAAUCUAUUAUCCAUCGCAUGGCGUCCGAUGACUGUACAUGGGACGACAUGCUCUCCAAGGAGCAACGAUCAUUCCAAGACCCGGAUGCACGAUUCAUGGAGGAACUCCGGCCUCUCCCCGUGCUACUGCGAACAAAACGCUCCAAGCGCUGCAAGUCAUGCAAACAUAUUCUAGUGAAACCCGAGUUCAAACCGGCAUCAACGCGGUUCAGAAUUCGGCUGAUCGCACUCAGCUACAUCCCACUUCCAACUCUACGACCUCUUAUGCCGGCUGCGCUACCUGGACAGUCCGUCUCUGCCACAUCCGUGCUUCAGCCGAAUCUAGAAGCACUCCCACCCCUUCGACCUAUUCAAUAUCUUCUCACGCUGAAAAACCACAUGUUUGACCCCGUACGAGUAACGCUCGCCACACCGUCCGUCACCCCCGGGCGAAUAGCGUCUAAAGUCACUAUUCUCUGUCCACAAUUCGACCUGGGCGCCAACAGCGACGUAUGGGAUGAAGCUUUACAAGCGGGGCCAGCGGCGCCAACUUCAUCUUCCAUAGCAGCAGCACCAUCGUCAUCAUCGUCGCUAACAGCACGUCCAGGCGGAGCAGCGAUAGUACCAGGCUACGAAAAGGUCGCUGAAGCAGGUAAAGUAUGGGACAAAGGUCGCAACUGGACCACCAUCGUUCUUGAGGUUGUCCCUGAGGUUCUACCCGGCACCAAAAACCCGGCUACUAGUUUUCCUUCGCCGCUAGCAGCACAACAAAAAGAACAACAGCAGCAAGAAGAAAAAGAAAAAGAAGAUGACAUUCGUCCCCUAACUGAGGAUGAAGAUGUCCUUGAAAUCCCGAUCUUUGUGCAUUUGGAAUGGGACUCGGAAAAUCAAAUGGACCAAGAUGAUGGCGGUGACAAAACUCAUUUGCGUGACAAGGCCAGUGGUGGCAACAAUAAUAAUAGUGGUAGUGGUAGUAGUGAGGAUACUCAGAAGGUUACGCGUGAAUUGGCGUAUUGGAUGGUUCUAGGUGUGGGUAGGAUAUCUCCGAAGCUCUUUUAG